AAUAAAUCAAACACAACCAGCAGGGAAAUGUCAAAUUUAUGAAACCCCAAUUUUAUUGGGAAUUGGAACAAUUUUCGAGUUCAAAAGUUUAAACAAUGGCCGAGACAGAGGGCUCAGAUGAUACCUCGGAGAAUGAGCUCCUUAACAGAAGUCUGUCAGUAUGGAAGGGCAACAAGGGAUCCAAGGAAGAAUUUGAACCCAUACCACUUGAUCUACAUACAGCAUCCAGUCUUGGCUUGUAUGAUUGUGUAAAGGCACAUAUUACCAGAGGAGAAGUUGAUAUUGAUCAUAUCAACAAAGGUGGUUGGACUGCUUUAAUGUAUGCCUGCUACAUUGGUCAUGAGUCGAUAGUUAGUCUUCUGUUAGAGCAAGGGGCCAGUGUCAACCUGCGAAACCAGAAAAAAGAGACGUCUUUAAUGUUAGCAGCAAGUUGCGGCAAUGACAGAGUUGGGCGACUGCUUUGCAGUCAAGGAGCUGAACUGGAGUGCCGGGAUGCACGAGGUUGGACUGCCUUGUUUCAUGCCACAUACUCCGGACAUCAAAACAUGGUAUGCUUCUUGCUGAAACAGGGAGCUAACAUGAAUGCAGUGGAACCCAGUAUGGGAAUGACACCAUUUAUGGAAGCAGCAGCUGAGGGCCAUGAGAUAAUCGUACAGCUCUUUCUGCAGCAUGGUGUGAAUGUGAAUGCUAAAGCCUACAAUGGUGACACAGCAAGGUCCCUGGCUCUCAUCACUGGCAACAUGAAGAUUGUCAGUCUUAUAGACAACCAUGUGAUGCCAAUCACAUCUCUGCGGGCAGAGGCAGGUCUAGAACCAGAAUUGAGUUCUUCUGAUGAUACAUUCUCUCGACGGAACAAGAAUAUGCGAGGUGGUAGGGGAAAGGCAGUAGGUGGAGGUCCAAGCAUUAUGGAUGGGCCUCAAGCUAUAGCCCGCUUGAUUAAUAGAACUAGAGAUGCACCUCAACAGAAGGUGCCAGAAGGAGAAGUGCCCAAGGGCUAUGUCACAUUCCCAGACGAAACAAGUACAGAGCAGCCUCAGAAACUGUCGUACAGAGACGUGACUUCACCUAUAAACCCUGAGGACUAUAAACUAGAUAGUUCGGGUAGCAGAGACUAUAAUGAACUGGAAGAUGAUACUAAUGCAUUCUCCAAGACUGGUGCCCUAACCAUCAAAAGUAGCUCUGGGUCCAGUGGAGGCUUGGCUGCAGCUUUCGGAAUCCGACGUGAGGACAGUCUGGACAGUGAUGAAUUUCCCCAUGAGUCAUCAUGUGGAGAUUCCCAUCACCACGGCAACAGUGGAGAAAGUUCUUCUGAUGAGGGAUUGGAGGAAAAUCAUGAAACCAGUCAAAUUUCCCAGACUUUAAAAAAGUUAGAUGUCGGUGAAAAUAAAGAAAAGGAGUCUGGAGAUUCAGAUACUAAACCAAAUGUUGAUAAAAAGGGUGAAAUGGAAAAGAAAAAACUGCAAAGCAAAAAAUCAAAAGAAUUAAGAUUAACAACUGAAAAAGUUAAUGAGAUAGAAGUGAUGAAGAAUUCUGUCUCGGAAUGGAUAGAUAAUGUUCAUAAUUCUCAUUCUGUUCCAGACACUAACUUUGAAACUCCAAAUUUGGAUCAUCAGGGUACUGAAGACAAUGAAAAAGAAGCUGCAAUCAAACCAGAAUACCUUCCCAAACAUAAACAUGUAAAAUCACCACAACAUGAACAUAUUUCAUGUCCUUCAGCAGAUGAUACAGUUGAAGGUCACAUGCACAAUCCAGGUGAAGGUCACAAUCCUGGUAAAGUUCACAAUGAAGGUGAAAUUCACCCUCCUGGUCAAGGUCAAACUAUUGACAAAGGUCACAGUACAGGUCAAGGUCACAGUCCCAGUCAAGGUCAGAGUCCUGGUCAAGAACAUAAUCCUGGUCAACUUCACAAUCCUGGUCAUUCUCACAAUCAAAGUCAGGGUCACAAUCCUGUUCAAGGUCAUAAUUCAGGUGAAAUUCACCCUAGUGGGCAAAGUCACAACCCUUAUCAAGGUCACCAUCUUGUUCAGGGUCACAAUCCUGGACAUGGCCAAAAAGCAGACCGUCAGACACACAACCCCAUUUCUGUUGAACAGAAAUCCAGUCAUCAUGAACCAAAGCAUUUUUCAGGAGCAGAACUUAUUGAACAAGUGGCAAAUACUCUUAAAAAUUAUGAUCCAAGACCAGCAAAGGAGUUUCUUCAGCAGAGUCCGGCUAUUGCAGAUUCAGCAAUUAUAUCAGUGGCAGAUCCCAGUGUCCAACCAGUAUCUGCUUUAAAUCUGUUAAACACAGCAUCUGAUGGAUAUAAAGCUCAAAUGAAUUCUAAUCCACACAGUGCGGGUGCACAAAGUGGUCACCAUGGCAAUCAGGGUAAUAGAGUUUCAGUUCCUCCUCCAGGGUUUGGACCUGUUGUAAACCAGUAUCAUAUGUACCCCCAUCAAGGACCUCCAGCUGUAUCAAUGUACCCUCAUGUUGCCCCUCAGUUGCCGCCUACAGCAGUAUCACAGGGGCAUGUAGAAAUACAGAAGGAGGCACCACCCUCUUCUAAUGCUGUUUUUAUAGAAAAAAUGAAGGAUUCAAUGCCUCUAGACCUUGCCAGCCUUUUGGAACAGCUGGGGUUGUCAAAGUACUUACCAACAUUUGAUGAACAAGAUGUGGACCUACAGGUGUUCCUUUCUCUCACUGAUAAUGAUCUCAAGGAAAUAGGAAUCAAAUUGUUUGGACCUAGAAAAAAGAUGAUGAAUGCAAUAGCACGGUGGCAUAGCAAGGCUAAAAUAUCAGUAGGUGAACUGGAACAGGCCUAUGCUGACAGACUGGAGGGAGAAAUGCAAGAGAUGGGAGUACAACUGCAACUGGCAGUAGAACAACUAGAGAAACUGAAAGCUCAGGUUAAACAGGAACAGCAACUCCGUAAUGUAACAGAGUCAUGCUUGAUGGAGGAGAGAGGGGCGUGGCAACAUGUUCAACGCAUUAUCAUGGAAACUAGGCAGCAAUGUGAAGACUUCAAAGAUGUUGUGAGGAAAAUGAUGCAAUAUGUUGGUGAGCUGAAAUCCCGAGUGCCGCUGGACAGCAUUCAAGGUCAAGGUCAGCAGAAGCGACCAAUCAGAGGAGCCGGUGCAAUAAAAGACGAGCGGGGUGUUGUUAAACAGGAACACAUGCCCAGUGAAGCUGUAAUACGCAAAGUUGACUACUACAUGCAAGAAGUUACGCAUUUAUUAGGAAAUGUUACGAACAAUACUGACAGACUGCUGGGACGUAGCCAUGCAGAAUCACCUGAGAGACCCUACCCCUAAGAUAUCUUUGCAAUUUUUACAUGCCAUAAUUCAUAAAACCCCUUCCAGCUGUUAAACCAUCGAGGCAGAAUGUCUUGCAUUGUCUGAAACUUUCCACUUCAUAAAAUUAAUUUUUGGGUCUGUUAGUGAUCCUCUAAGGAAAUGUGUGGGGUCAGUUUGAUAAAUGGGGGGUGAGACAUGAAUACUUCUCCUGUAUGUGAAAGCAUUUUAGAUUAGGCAUGUUCAGUUUGCAUGCAUUCCAUUAAAAGCAUAUCGAGGGUUGAAGGGAAAACUGCAGUAACUCGUAUUAAGAAUGAGUUAUGUACAGCCCUCCAUAUGUAAAAUAAGAUUAUAUUGGCAAUGGAAUCGGCAUGAGACAAUCACUAUCAUUAAAUUUCACAAGUGGCGCUUGAAGGCUGCCUUUACAAUGAAAAACAAAAAUUUACUAUGAUGUUAUUUUGUAUUGAGCAGUUCAGACAUAACUUCUAUCUACGAAUAUUUCCAAAGUAUUUAAUACUUUUUUAUUUAAACAUAUUUUCCAACAAGCUCUGAAUCCCCAAACUUACUGACAGUGAUUACUGUUUGAAGUGACGGGGCUGUACCUACAAGGUUCUGAAAACCCCAUGAAGUCCUAUCCUUAACCCUUACCCAGCUAAAUUUCUAUAAUGACUUUGUCCAUCUGUCAAUUUGGACAGUUCCAUUAACUGUCAAAAGGGGUGCUUACCAAAAAGAUUCUGACUGAAUGGCGAAUAGUGCAAAGGCAGAAUCAAUCAUGUCCAUCAUGGUAAGGGUUAAUGAUAUAGAAAAUUGAAUGUAAUAUAGUCACACUUCUUUUGCUUGAACUUAAUGGGACAAGCAAAAUUUGUUAGAGUUAUAAGUAGGUUGAGCCAUUAAAAAAUAUUCAUGAUAUAGAUAUUUUGCCGGGACCUGAUGAUGAGUUUGAGCAAAGGAUGGUGUCUGAAUUAUCCAAGUUCGAAUGGAUGAAGUUUGGCAGUACAUCUUUAUGAGUAUGUUAAGAACAAACAGAUUUUUGAAAUUUCUCAUGCUCCAUUCAUGUGAUAAACUUAAGAAAAAGUGAAGAAGAAAGUUUUAAUUAAUUGUGUAGUUUAGAACAUACUGAUGUAAAAAUGUAAAUUUCUUAUGUUGUACUGUGAGUCUAUGGGACAAAGUGUCAUUGUGAACUUCAGUUUGGCACUGGUACGGUGUUAAAUGAUAUUGGUCUGCCUUCGGGCAUUUUACUGUUUUGUAGUUCCCUGAAUUUCAGUUGGAGGAAAUAUCUUAUUAUUGCCUUAGAAACAUAUUUAUGCCCCCACAUUUAUGGAGAGGGGGUGUGUGGGGGGAAUAGUGUUGCUGCUGUACGACGUUUUGUCUGUGCAUACGUCCCGAUAUCUUGUGUGUCCAACUCUGCCCACAAUAUUAGCCUUAAUUGGUUUAAACUUUCACAGAUGAACAAACUUGAUGUGCAGAUGACCUUAAAGGAACUUAUGCUGUGACUAUUUUUACCACAGUUAUGGGCCUUUGAUAGUUUUGCUAUAUAGAAUAUAGAGAAAAAGCUUGUGUGUCCUACUACUCAAACACUAUUUAAAAGAAAUGCUUGAAAGUUUCAUAGAUGAAGGACCUUCAUGUGAAGAUGACCAUAAAUAAUGGACUUUUUUCUGUGAAUAUUUUUUCUAGAAUUAUGGCCCUUGCUUAAUUUUACAAAAUAAGCUGUAGUAAAGAAAUUGUGUGUAUACACUUUUUAAAGCAGUGAAUUCAAAGUUGCUCAGAUGCACAAUCUUAUCUGAAUACAAUUUGCUUUUAUUCAAUCAUCCUUCAUGUGAAGAUGGUCUGUACAAAAAACUUUGCUAUUUAGAGGAUGGCACAGUAUGUGUGCUGUUUAGAGGAUGGCACAGUAUGUGUGCUGUUUAGAGGAUGGCACAGUAUGUGUGCUGUUUAGAGGAUGGCACAGUAUGUGUGCUGUUUAGAGGAUGACACAGUAUGCGUGCAGUUUAGAGGAUGGCACAGUAUUUGGGGCCAUCAGUUCCAGUGGACUCAACUCUAGUUCUUUCUAUAAUUAUUUUAUAUCCUAAUAACUAUUUUAAGAAAUCCAAAAACUAUUUGUGCAGAUUGUUUAGGUUUUUAGAUCUCAUUAUCUUUACACCUUUUCUAUAGCUUUACAUGAUUAUAUAAUGUGUUUGUUCUUUUUUUCCUUUGUUGCUGAUGUUUACAUAUGCAAAGAUUUGUUUAUAGCUUACAACUUAAUACAAUGUACAAUGUACUUUUAUCUUUUAUUGUGAGAUUUUAUUUUCUUUUUCCUGAAAUGUUAAUGUUGUCUACUUAGAAGUUGAUUUUUUAAAGCUCACCAGAGCUUUUUUAGUCUUAAAAGUUUUUUUAAGUCCAUCUGAGCUUUUAUAGUCUUUACUUAGAAGUUGCUUUUAAGGUCACUUUUUAAGCUCAUCAGAGCUUUUACAAUCUUUCCUUAAAAGUUGUUUUUAAGCUCACCUGAACAAGCUCAUCCGAACAAGGUUCAGGGUGAGUUAUUAGUAUAGGCAGAUGAUCUGUCAUCCUGCAUCCAUCUGCGGUCGUCCUGCA